AUGUCGUCCACUCUUACCGUCUCUGCAGGAACCCACUCGUCAUCCUCGUCUUCUUGUCAGGAGUCGCCUGUAUCAUGCUAUCUUCUACCAGAACUAAAAGCGUCCGACUGGGUAGACUAUGCAGGUUUUCAUGUCAAUCAGCUGGACGCCAUUCUCAUGGGUUCCUUGGAUCCGAUCUCAGCAGAGGUAGAGGAUUCUUCCAACGCAGAAUUACUCCUCUACGACACACCAGACACAUCGCAGUGUUCUCUUGCGCCUCCCCAGAUAUACCCUAUGUCGGCCCUUGAACAGUUGCCACCUCCUCCUCUGGACGUAUUUGGCAGCAUCACCAGCCAUGCUCUUCGCGACUCAAAUCGAUCAUCAUGCGAUUGUCUGCAGCACCUUGCUGCACUUUUUGUUCAGCUCAAAGAAUAUACGCGCCAAGGUGGCCAAGUCCUCGAUGCUUCCGUUGCCAUCGCCCAUGUGCGCCAGGGCGUCUUAGCCUGGAGACGCCAUCUUCAGUGCACCACUUGCAUCGACUCAGCCGAUGGCGACUCUCUGCUUCUUUCUGUCAUUGAAAUCCGCAUGAUUCUCCCUAUCAUCGAAUCGAUAAACAGUAAACUCGAACUCGGUCGUAACCUCGCUUUCAUCCUACGAGUGGCCCCCCUUGGCGACUUAUGCCAUGCACCCAUGACAUAUGAGCUCGCAGACGAUGAGUCCCGCGCCGUCCUACGUACUCUCCUCUUGCUCAACAUGGGAUUUAUUAUUGAUAUCAUUCAAACGAUCAAGGAGCGCCCCUCGCAGACCAAACUUGCUGGCCAUUCUCCAGCACCCGCCUUUGGACUAUGCACGCCUCAAGCAUCGCCCUCAUCAUUGUUGAGUACUGGAUCUAGUGAUCUUCUGUCAAUUUUAGACACACCAGAGGGGCCUGAAAGCCUUUUUGGACAGUCGUUGCAAAGUCUGAUGGAAUCUGCCAAGAGUCUUCAAACAAAGAUUGCGGGUGAUGGAAUUUCUUAG